AGAUGGUGGCUGCCGCGUUUCUGAUCAGUCCAGGUCCUUUACACGUCUUGGACGACUGAAAGUGCCUUGUGGGGUUAUUUUGUCUUCUGCAACAAUCUGGUCUCCUCCUCCUCCUACACCUCAGCAAGGUCUUGACAGCGCACGCAAUCAACAUGAAUGCUUCCGGCCCAAAACCUCAGUGUCCCAUGAGCAGACCCCAGGGUCUCGUGAACUUUGAAUCUUCGAAGGAAGUGACGGACAUCCUUCACAUGAAGACGGAUGAGGCAGGUGUCUGUUCAGGUACUGUCUGUAAUGGGUCGUUGAUGAACAUCAGGAGGAUGCCACUCAAUAUCAGAGCCCCCAGUGAAGUGCUUCUUCAGGCCAAGGAGUUUUUGGGGGAAUACUACAAAGAAAAGAAAAGAUUUGAUAGCAAGGACCACCUCGUCCGCCUUCAGGAAGUGACGAAAAGUAUUAAUCGAACUGGCACCUACCACCUGACUUACGACGAGCUCGAGUUCGGGGCCAAACUGGCCUGGAGGAACGCUCCUCGCUGCAUCGGCCGAAUCACAUGGAACAAACUGCAUGUGAUUGACGGAAGAAACGUCAAAACGGGAAGGGAGAUGUUUGAAUUGAUUCUGGAACACCUUGACUACGCAACAAAUGAGGGCAACAUUCGAUCGACGAUCACCGUGUUCCCUCAACGGAGGACCGGCCAGAGAGACUUUCGCGUCUGGAAUCAGCAGCUGAUCGCCUUCGCCGGGUACGAGCAGCCCGAUGGCACUGUCAUUGGCGAUCCCGCCUUCAAGGACUUCACCAAGAUGUGCCAGAAGAUGGGCUGGAAGGGCAGUGGUGGUCGCUUCGACGUCCUUCCCUUUGUGGUGUCAACACGUACAGGUGAACCGGAAUGGUUCGAAAUCCCGCAGGAAAAGGUUCUCAUGGUGAAAUUCAAGCACCCAGAGUAUGAUUGGUUCGAGGAGCUGAAUCUGAAGUGGUUCGCAAUUCCGGCAGUUGCCUCCAUGAUGCUGGACUGCGGAGGAAUCCAGUACACGGCGGCGCCCUUCAACGGGUGGUACAUGGCCUCCGAGAUCGCCACCAGGGACCUCUGCGAUGUCCAGCGAUAUAACAUGUUGUCGGUAUUGGGAGAGAAGCUCGGCCUCGACACCAAAUCUCCAAUGAGCCUCUGGAAGGACAAGGCGACCCUGGAACUUAACAUAGCUGUCUUACACUCUUUCAAGGAGCAGGAGGUGACCAUCGUCGACCAUCACACGGCUGCGGAGACCUUCAUGCAGUUCCACAGCAACGAAUAUCGGCAACGAGGCGGCUGUCCAGCCGACUGGGCUUGGGUAGUCCCGCCAAUCUCGGGCUCUCUCACGCCCGUGUUCCACCAGGAGAUGUCGCUCUAUUACAUGAAACCCGGGUACGAGUACCAGAUCCCGGCGUGGAUAGCGAACGAGAGGCAGGAAAAGAUGCUGAGUGGGGAGUCGUCUCACGAUGGCUCAGGGGCCAUCGGCAAGUUCAAGAAAGCGGCCCUGGCGGUUGUUUUCUCCACUACCCUUUAUGCUGCUGCCCUGGCCAAGAGAGUUCGCAUCGCCAUCAUCUACGCCUCCGAGACGGGAAAGUCCCAAGGAUAUGCCGACACCCUUUACGGCAUCUUCAGCCACAGGUUCAACCCCGAGGUCGCCUGCAUGGACGACUAUGACGUCAGCAAACUGCACAACGAAACCUUGGUGGUCAUAUUGGCUUCUACAACUGGCGUCGGCGAACCACCCCAGAAUGGAAAAGAAUUCGCAAAGAGUUUGUACGAACUUCGAGAGAGGAGUAAUGCCAACGGCUCAGACGAGAAUAUGUUACCUUUCUGGGAUGAUUACGAGGAUGUCAAAGUCAAUGGCAUCAGCGCGAGCACCAGUUCCGACAGCGGCCUCCCAAUUGAGAAAAAGCUCCUGAGCAAGAAGAACAGUGGCUUCUUCCAUCGCCUCGUCAGGAAGUUGCGUCGUCGGAAGGAUUCCGAAAGCAAGGAUGGGCCCCACUUGGACGGGAUUGUGCCCAGUUAUUACCUGAGCUCCUCCAGCCUCUACAAGAGCAACUGUAACCUGGCCAAGAGCACGAACAGCCUCUUCAAACAUCUCGAUCCAGCGACAGACGUCUCCUUUGCUGUGUUUGCUCUUGGGUCAACUAACUACAAGUACUACUGCUCCUUUGGUAAAUACAUCGACAACCUCAUGUUCACUCUUGGAGGAGACAGGAUCUUGGAGUUGACCUGCGGAGACGAAACGGAAAAUCAGCAAGAGACCUUCAAUGCGUGGGCGAAUCAGCUUUUGGAGGUCUGCUGUGGUCGCUUCCAGGUAGAUUACACAACCCCUGAUAUUUAUGUUGCAAGUCAGAUCACUAGUAGCAAGCAAGUCAGACUUGCCGAUCAAAAUGGGCAAGUCCCGUUUGCAAAAGGACUUUCGGCAGUUCACAAGAAAAAUAUCGAAACUUGUACGGUUGUGAGAAGUGAAUCCCUUUACGAAGGCGGAAACAAGUGGUAUCACAAACUGACCGUCAACAUAGGCAGCAAGCCCUCUUUGCAGUACGUGGCAGGAGACCACAUUGGCAUUUUACCUUCGAACAGUCAGCUCAUGGUCCACGGUAUCCUUCAGAAACUAGUGAACUGCCCAGACCCAGCUAAGAGUGUCCAGAUCCUCACUCAAAGAGAAGACUCGUGGGUACCUCAUCCGAUCCUGCCUGUGGCCAGCACCCGAACCCUUCUGGAGAGAUACCUGGACAUCACAUCGCCUCCGUCCCAAGAGCUACUGAAAUUGAUGGCUUCAGUGGCGACCAACAAUAAGCAGCGAUCUCAGCUGAACCAUUUAGCCACGGACGUCAAUGUGUAUCACGGGUGGAGGAAAGAGAAGUAUCCUAACUUGCUGGAGGUUCUGAAUGAGUUCUCGAGCGUAAAGUUGGACGCAGGCCUCCUGUUGUGCCGCCUCCCCAUCUUGCAGCCACGUCUCUACUCAGUGAGUUCCUCGCCAGAUUUCGAAGAAGGGAGACUGACUCUCACAGUUGCCAGCCUCAUCUAUGCGACCAGGGGCGGCAAAGGGCCAUUGCAUGAGGGCGUCUGUUCAUCAUACAUCAGGAAACUGGAUCCACGAGACAAGAUCGAGCUGUUCGUGAAAAGUGCUCCUGAGUUUCACGUACCUGACGACGAAAGGUCGCCGAUCAUUCUGAUCGGGGCGGGAAGCGGAAUUGCACCACUGCGGGGGAUCUGGCAACACUACCACUAUCAGCGCAACAUAAAUCGUUCAGGUCUGAGACGUGAAAUAAUCCUCUACUAUGGGUGCCAGACCAGAGAAACUGAUCUGUAUGCAGAAGAAAAAGCCUCCAUGUGUCGAGCCAGAGUACUAAAGGAAGCUUAUCUGGCAAUGUCAAGGGAUCCUAAGAUGCCAAAGACUUACGUGCAGGAUCUUUUGCUCGUAAACGGAAAGGAAGUCUAUAAACAGCUGGUACUGAAAGCAGGACACAUCUACAUAUGUGGGAGUGAAAACAUGGCGGAUGGCGUCUCCACGGCAUUCCUGUCUAUCAUUCAAGACCACGGGAGGAAGACUCCAGACCAAGCUAGAAAUAUCAUUCAGAAAAUGAAGGAUGAGCGUCGUUAUCAUGAAGACAUCUUUGGUAACGGGUCCCCGGCUUAGCAGAAGCAGCAUCGCAGCAGAGAAAUGAAACUGUAAAUGUAAAACAAUGAGCAAAAUUCCUUGGGAGGGGAAAGCAAUAGUAUGCCACAAAUUCUCCAGCUAUUGCUUAAAUGACAUUUCUGACGCACAGUCACAUCUAACGGAAGAUUUGAUGUAAGAAAAAUAAAAUGAGGAUGGUGUCCUCGACACGGCAGAUACUUCUUCGCAGUGCCAAGGCAACAUAAUUUGAAGGAGUAGUUCUGUUUGAACAUUUCAGAGAAGAACGGCUGUAACAACAGUGUUCUUUUUUAUUAUUAUUAUUAUUAGUGCAUCAAAUUAGAAAUGGUAAACGAAUGGUUGUGGUAAAGAGAUAUUUUUAUACCUCAGGCUUAUUUGCUACAAAGUGUCUGGUUGGGUAAGAUAUCCCUUUAGAUAUCCCUAAUAGGGUCAGGAGACGAAUUUCCCAAAAUACUUCUCUUCUGGAUGAGCACAGAAGUGGACUUUUAUGUGCAAGACUUAUUCAUUCAUUGCAUGGAUAACUGCGUAGCUAAUAUUUGGCUUGGUAAUAACUUCUCCAAGGUUGUCAUGAUAUUAAAGACUUUCCCCUGUCAUGAGCAGUUUUACAAAGUAUUCUUAAUAUCACUUGCAUAAACAGUUAAAGCCUUUUUUGGCAAUAAUUUUAAGGUGAGAAUAAAUACGUUUAUUACCCUUACUCUUCAUAACCACGUGCACGAUAUAAACCUUCGAACAUCUAACUGGAAUUGUAUCACCAGGAGUUGAGCUGAUUGCUCCUAGACCUAAUAGUACAUACUCAUGAGCUUCAAAUUAGACUACUGCUGAUUUCAUGAAUUCCUGUCUUCUCAUUGUGAGUAAAACAACUGUUAAUUCUCCUGUCUUCUCAUUGUGAGUAAAACAACUUAAUUCACAAAGGAGGGUUGACAAGAUGUCACUAUUUUUCCUCAUAUUUUUUUAAAAUUGCAUUCUUUUAAUGAAUGAGUAUUUCAAACAUGCACAGAAUUAAUAUUAUAACCUGAUGAAAGGCUCGCUUAAUCGGUAUUGUCAUCAUGAUUUUAUACUUAUAGAUUAAAUGUAAUGGUUUCGGUGUGCAAAUGUCAAUAUGAAUGUUAUGAAAUAUUUAUUUUUAUCUACUUCAAGUGCUACUGUGAAAAUCCAGUGAAGCCUUUGACGAAGUCUUCCCAGAGUUUUUUUGCAGCUCAGGUGUGUGGUUUCGAGCCCAGUAGCUUCUUUGGCUCUUUUUUAUGGUAUUUAUAGUAACAGCAAUUGCAUAAAGUUUCAAAAUCAUAUUUUUACUUUACGGGACUGGUCAUCCACAGCCUGAACAAUAUGAGAAGUGGUAUAGUGAAAUUUGGCAUUUUUGUAACCAAGGGGUGGGCCGUUGUAGAGAAUGACGAGAGGUUACGUCGCGAUUUUGAGACUGACAUCUACCCGAAGUUCCUCGUGGUCCGACCGCUGGGAUGUAUCAGGCAAGGCCAGGUAGAAGGAUCGCUCCAGAUAAACAUAAACAAAUGAAUCUCCGACUUAAAAUUUGACAGCGUUGUAUUAAUCUGUUUUAGCUCCGCCCUGCUACUCGAUGUUUAGUGAUGCUGUGCAAAAUAGGUUUUAUAGGAUCCGAUAGUACAUACUACAGUCGGUACCGACUGAGUCCGACUCCAAUAUUCUCCACGUUCACUCGGAUUCGAACUUCAGCGUUUUGUUUAGUUAGUUGGCUUCUCGACUGAUUGACCAUCUUAAGGUAAGAUUCUGACUAAGUUUAAACCGCUUCCCAUGUGUAUUUAAAUCUAUUAUGCAUUUUCCCAUGUUCGUGUUGCGAUCUUCAAUCCACAAUUUCUGGUAGCUUAACUCCAUCAAAAUAAUUUGUGUUAAACCUAUUGUAAGCUAUGCUGCAUUAAGGAAAUUAGGCUCCAGUAUCCAGUAACGCGUCAGUAAUCUGUUAGUAUUUAAAAAUCUAACAUUUUCUUUCAUCAGUCCUGAGACAUGAGUUCAAAAGAAUCGAAAGGAGCAGGGCCAAGUGCCAAAGAUCGUGGCAGUAUCAGUUCUAAAAGAUCGGGAGAUGCGUGCAAGCAAAGUGGUAAUGCCACCAAAAAGAAGAAGUACCAUCAAUUAUACAGUCUUGCAUGGGAAGUUGAGCCUGAAUUUCAAGGAUGGGUGAAAUCGAGUUCUAAAGGGUCUUCAUAUUUUUUUUUUUGUGCUUGUAAUGUUCAUCUCUCUUUAAAUGCUGGUAAAUUAGAUAUAAGAAAGCGCGCAAUGGGCAAGAAACAUAUUCAGAAUUGCUCAGCGAUGGCAAAGCUUGAAUUUCUGUUUUUGAUAUGCCGACUGUUAGUGGCAAAAAAAGUAUGACUAAUGAUGUAAAGGAAGGUGAAAUUAGACUCGCAUCAUUUAUAUGUGAACAUGAUCUUCCCAUUAGAGUAGCAGAGCAAAUGCCUCAGCUAAUCCAAGUAAUAUGUAAAGAUUCAGAAAUAUAGAAGCAAAUUAAAUGUAGUAGAACUAAAUUAACGUCAUUGCUCAACAAUGUAACCGGGAAAGAUAGUUGUAACCAAUUAUUAGCCCAUAUACAGAAGUAAAAAAAUUUUUCUAAUAGUAGAUGAAAGUACCGAUAAGGGAUGCAGGAAGCAUUUAUGUAUGGUAGCACGUACAUUUCUAAAAGAUGAAGUAAAGAAUUGUUUUCUUGGGCCCAUUCCAUUGCAGGAUGCAACCGCAAUGGCAUUGUAUAACAAUAUAGUCAGUUUUUUUAGACAACCAAAUUGACUAUAAGCAUAAUAUGAUAGGUUUUGGUGCUGAUGUCGCAAAUGCAAUGUAAGGGGCGCAUAAUUCACAUUUCAAGAAUGACAAAGGAUCUAUUUAUCAUGAAAUGUAUUUGUCACCCAUUUGCAUUAUGUGCCUCAUGCAUGCUUAAUGCUGCCUAGAAAUAUUGAUGACUUAGCAUGUGAUGUUUUCAGCUACUUUCAGUGCAGCCCCAAUUAAGCGAAUUGGGUCUUUAUAAGAGUUUCAGGAUUUUGUUAAUGUGAAGCCACACAAGCAUUUGCAUCCGAGUCAAACCCGUUGGUUAUCGUUACGUAUGGUUGUAUCUCGACUUUUAGAGCAAUAUGAUGCACUGACUUUGUACUUCACUGAAGCUGCAUUCUCAGAACGAUUGCAUGCUUGUGAAAACAUACUACAAAGACUAAAGAAUCCACUAACCAAACCAUAUCUAAGGUUUUUGGACUGUUUUACCCAAGACCACCGAGAUAGAUCUAUCUCGGUGGUCUUGGUUUUACCAAUAUUCAGUUCUUUAAAUAAGCUAAUGCACUCAGAGAAUACACAGAUUCAUGUAAUGCGAAAGUCAGUUUCUGUAUAGUUCAAAACUUUAGUUGAAUGCUAUUUAGAUGAAAAUUAUUUAGAAAAGGCAUCACUGAGCAAGGCUGCACUAAAUGACCCCCAUAAAUUCAAACCCCUGUCUUCUAACAUUUAGGUGCAAAAGUUGGAAUGCUUCUAUCAAAACAGCGUGACAUUCCAACUCAAAUAAUUCAUGAGUUCCGACAGAGCUGCCUGAAAUUUUAUAUUGAAGGUGCAACACAAAUUAGAAAAAGGUUUCCCUUCAAUUAUGUUAUUUUUGAACAGAAGCAUUAGACCCCAAAGUUGUCAAAGCCAAAUCAUUGCCCUCCCUUGCUCCCCUUAUGUCAUCAUUCCCUAGUCUGGUAGAUGAGAUCCUUGCACAGGAUAUAGACACUGUUAAUGGCGCCUUUUAAGAAACCGUGAACUUCUUUUUGAAGAGUUUGAAACUCCUACAAAGUUUAGGCUUGCUGUUCAAAGAGCGAAAUCUGGUGAUGGAAACCGAAUAUUUCCUAACCUGUCUGUUAUGAUGUUAAAUUUAUUGUGUCUUCCUCACUCCAUGUACAAAAAGGAAAGUACAGUCACUGAUAAUCCUGACAGUGAGGAAGAACUGUAAGUCAACAAAUAUUUUAGGUUUGUUUGUUUGUUUGUCUGUUUGUUUUCAUGUUUAAAGUUCUAUUUUUUUAUGAAAAUUAUAAUUUGAUGGACGAAAGGCGGUUUUUUCUUUUACUAGCAAAAAGUAAUUAUUGAAAAAAAUUGUUAUUAGUUUAGAAAUGUUAAUCACUAUUCAUGUACAAUUAAAAUUUUGUAUGAUCUUUUGUAUAAUUACUGUAAAAUAAAAAUGAGAAUCUUCAGAAAUUUUUAGAAAUAUCCAGAAAUUUUGUUGGGAAAUGUUCAGAAAUUAUACUGCGACGGUGCGAACAACCAUCUGGCAACACCGGUCCGACGUGUGGGUUUGGGAUAUGUUCUUGUCGUUUACCCCUCGGGCCUCAGAAGUUAUUAUGUAGGAGACAUAUUGAAGGUUAUUGGUUUGUUUAAUGAAUUCUUGUUGAACCGGCCUGAAUUUUGAUAAGAAAUGUUGCUAGAAUAGCUAUUUUGUUGACUGUGUAUAGUUUUCAACAAAAGAAAGCCUACAUAGCUUAGGCAUCACGGCAACCAAAGGUAGUAGUGAUAUACUAGGUACUAC